UAAUUCAGUUCAAUCCGGACCUUAAAAGCCAGCUAAAUGGAGCCCAAGAUGUCGGGAAAGAGCUUUCGCGUGAGCGAUGGUGACUGGAUUUGCCCAGAUAAAAAGUGUGGAAAUGUGAACUUUGCUAGGAGAACAAACUGUAACAGAUGUGGUAGAGAAAAAACAACAGAAGCCAAAAUGAUGAAGGCAGGAGGCACAGAAAUAGGGAAGACGCUUGCUGAAAAGAGUCGUGGUCUCUUCAGCGCUAACGACUGGCAGUGUAAAACUUGCGGUAAUGUGAAUUGGGCCCGAAGGUCAGAAUGUAAUAUGUGUAACACUCCCAAAUAUGCUAAGCUGGAGGAAAGAACAGGAUAUGGGGGAGGAUUUAAUGAGAGAGAGAAUGUAGAGUAUAUUGAGCGUGAAGAAUCUGAUGGUGAAUAUGAUGAGUUUGGCCGUAAGAAGAAAAAAUACCGUGGAAAGACUGUCGGGGCUACAUCUAUUCUAAAAGACAAGGAGAAGGAGCAAGCGGGGGAAGAGAAUGAUGAAGAAGAUGAGGAUGAUGAAGACGACGAGGAGGGUGACCUUUCAAAAUACAAACUUGAUGAUGAUGAGGAUGAUGAAGAGGAUGAUGACGAAGAUGCAGACCUUUCCAAAUACGACCUGGAUGCCAGCGAUGAUGACGCAAAGCAGGAGGCGAAGAAGAACAGCCGCUCGGACUCCUCGCGGUCUUCCUCCCGUUCCUCUCGCUCCAGCUCGCGGUCCAGGUCCAGGUCCCGAUCACGAAGCUCCUCCAGCUCCAGAUCAAGGACUCGCUCAAGUUCCAGAGAUCGUGCGCGAUCACGCAGGUCGAAAUCCAGAUCCAGCUCCAGGUCUCGCAAGGGGUCUUCAUCUCCAAGGAAGAGAUCUCGCUCGAGUUCUCCAUCCUCAUCCUCCCCUGAGAGAGGCAAGAAACGAAGCCGUUCCAGAUCAUCCUCAUCUGGCGAGAGAAAAAAAAGACGUUCAAGAUCUCGUUCGUCAGAAAGACGGCGCGGAUCAUCCUCUGGAUCCUCACACUCUGGCUCCCAGUCAUCAAGUUCAAAAAAGAAAUAAGUUCAAAUCAACCAUUUUUAAAACUGGUAGAUUUAAGGCAAAAGUGCAUGGUGUGUUUUAAAGAUACAGGUGAACUAUUGAUUCUGUUUAUAGCUAAACUGUCUUACCUGGCAGUAUGUGCUGAAUAUUCUUUUUUUGACUACAUAAGUGGCAUGUUUGUCCAGGCUUUCUUAGAAAAAACUGCUUGUUAUGCUGUUAUCCGUCUACUCAGUAAUGUUUUAAGCCAUAUCCCACACACUUCUUUUUUAAGGAUCCUGUUUUGCUUUGCUAUCUUCUCAUAGCUCCAUAUUUUUGUGUUACUAAAAGCAUAGGGAAAUAAAGCUAAACAGUACUUCUGUUAAUAUUUUGGUUUUCUCUGUGGCCUAAAUUAAAGUGGCAUGCAUUCUGCCUAUAUGUUUAAUAGUACCAAUAAGAAAUUUAACAUUCAAUCUUUUAAAUCGUUAGUAGCCAGAGUACUGCAAUUUCAAAGUCACAUGUCACAAAACACCAGGGCUAUUGCAUCUAAAUUUCUGUGGUCUUUUGGUACUCUUAGUGACCAAUUAGUAAAUUAUUCCACCUUUGGUCAUCAUUAAAUUUAAAUUCUGUGGAAUUUUAACCUGGGAAUCCAUUUUCUGGAACUUUAGUCUUCAUAUUGUAUGAGUUCUUAAAGGUAAGUAUUUUUUAUUUACUUUGAAAUUUUGGCAUUCAAGCAAAUGAACUGUGAAUCCCACUUUUGAAUUUCUGGAGCCAUCAAAUAAAAUAAAGCAACUCACACUCUUAUUAGUAUUUAAUAAACCUGGUAUGUUUAUGAUUCUGAGACACAUUAAAAAUGUGACAAAUGGUAUGGGUCCCAGAGGUUUUGUUGCAUUUUUAAUACUGCUCAGAGUAUUUUCUUCUUUUUCCCUGGAAAUAAGUAAUAGGACUGUGAAUAUUAAAUGUAAUUCCAAAUAAAAUGUAGUACAGCUAAUAUUGAGUAAGUGCAGUCUCUAUUUUAACUUGGUACUUUUUUGUUCUUUGAUUUCCACCAAGGUCUAAUUUAGUGGGCCAGAAGGCUUUCUGUAACGUGAGGCCAUUUAAUUUGGUUGGUUUACCCCUAUAUUUUGUAACUGCAGUCACUGUAUUUUGUGUUUGGGUAAUGCUAAAUUGCAGAUGUCUUUUUUUUUUGAAUGACAGCAGUAAUAGAAUAUGAAUUAACUUAGUUUUUCAGUUCAUCGAAUUAAAGUGGAAUUGUAAGCAAAAUGUAAAUAAAAUCUGUCAGCAAUCGUG